AUGUUGUCUGAAAUAGGAAGAAGACCAAUGCUUGCAGGUAACGAGGGGUCCUUUGGUGACGAAUUUGAGAAGGAGAUAGGUAUGUUACUCAGGGAGCAGCGCAGGCAAGAGGUUGAUGAUCGUGAAAGCGAGCUGAAUAUAUUUAGAAGUGGAUCAGCACCUCCAACUGUGGAGGGUUCUUUGAAUGCAGUGGGAGGGUUGUUUGCUGCUGGUGGCGAUGCCGGUGGUGGUGGUGGCGGUGGUGCCGCCGCCUUUUCGGAUUUUCCUGGAGCUAAAAAUGGGUUUGCGUCUGAAGAGGAGCUUAGGUCCGAUCCUGCUUAUCUCCAAUACUAUUACUCGAAUGUGAAUCUGAAUCCGCGGCUUCCACCUCCAUUGCUGUCAAAGGAGGAUUGGAGGUUUGCGCAGAGGAUGAAAGGAGGAGGGAGUUCUGUAUUGGGUGGAAUUGGAGACAGGAGGAAAGUGAAUAGGGCUGAUGAUGCUAGUCAAAGAUCGUUGUUUUCGAUGCCGCCAGGUUUUAACUCGAGGAAACAAGAGAGCGAGGUUGAGCCGGACAAAGUACGUGGCUCAGCAGAGUGGGGUGUUGAUGGACUGAUUGGUUUGCCAGGUUUAGGACUUGGUAACAAACAAAAGAGCCUAGCUGAAAUCUUUCAGGAUGACUUGGGGCGUGCAUCUCCUGUUUCUGGGCUUCCUUCUCGUCCAGCCAGCCGUAAUGCAUUUGAUGAAAAUGUAGAUGCUGUAGGUUCUGCUGAAGCUGAUCCAGCUCAUUUGCGCCGUGACGUGAUGGCUUCUGAUGGUCUCCGAUCUAGUGCAAAUGGUCAGGGCUCAUCUGCAGCCCAAAGUAUGGGCCCACCUUCUUCUUACUCGUAUGCUGCAGCUCUAGGUGCUUCAUUGUCAAGAAGCACCACUCCUGAUCCUCAACUUGUUGCUAGGGCUCCUAGUCCUUGUCUUACACCAAUUGGAGGAGGAAGAGUUGGUACUUCAGAAAAGAGAGGCAUUAGUAGUCCGAGCUCCUUCAAUGCUGUCUCAUCUGGCAUCAAUGAGUCUGGAGAUCUGGCGGGGGCUUUUUCCAGCAUGAACUUGUCUGCAAAUGGAGUAAUAGAUGAUGAAAACCAUUUGCCAUCACAGAUCAAACAAGAUGUUGAUGAUCACCAGAAUUAUCUCUUUGGUUUGCAAGGUGGUGAGAGUCAUGCCAGGCAACUUGCAUACCUAAAGAAGUCUGAAUCUGGGCAUAUGCAUAUGCCAUCUGUUCCACACUCAGCAAAAGGUUCAUACUCGGAUUUGGGUAAGAGCAAUGGUGGUGGGCCGGAUUUUAGUAACUCAUCGUCUGAUAGGCAAGUUGAACUACAAAAAGCUGCAGUUUCUUCUAAUAACUUGUAUUUAAAAGGAUCCCCCACAUCCAAUCAUAAUGGUGGUGGCAGCUUGCAUCCUCAGUAUCAGCAAGUAGAUACUGCAAAUUCGUCAUUUUCAAACUAUGGUCUAAGUGGGUAUUCUAUGAAUCCUGCAUUGGCAUCCAUGGUGGCUAGCCAACUUGGCACUGGUAAUCUUCCACCCUUGUUCGAAUCAGCUAUGGGAUCCCCUGGGAUGGAUUCAAGAGUGCUUGGAGGAGGUAUGGCUUCUGGACCAAACCUAGCAGCUGCUGCAUCUGAAUCACAUAAUCUUGGUAGAUUAGGGAGUCCAAUUGCAGGGAGUGGUCUUCAAGCUCCUUUUGUUGAUCCUAUGUAUCUUCAAUACUUGAGGACAUCUGAGUAUGCUGCAGCACAGCUUGCUGCUCUUAAUGACCCCUCCGUGGAUAGGAACUACUUAGGUAAUUCAUACAUGAAUUUACUUGAACUUCAAAAGGCGUAUCUUGGAGCCUUGCUUUCACCACAGAAGUCACAGUAUGGUGUUCCUUUGGGGGGCAAGUCUGCUGGUUCUAAUCAUCAUGGUUAUUAUGGGAAUCCUGCAUUUGGUGUAGGCAUGUCUUAUCCUGGAAGUCCCAUGGCAAGUCCGGUUAUUCCUAACUCUCCAGUUGGACCAGGUAGUCCUAUGAGGCACAAUGAGCUUAAUAUGUGUUUUCCUUCUGGGAUGAGGAAUUUGGCUGGGGGUGUCAUGGGACCCUGGCACCUUGAUGGUGGUGGCUGUAACAUAGAUGAAAGCUUUGCAUCUUCACUCUUAGAAGAGUUUAAGAGCAAUAAAGCAAAGUCUUUUGAACUUUCAGAAAUUGGUGGACAUGUUGUGGAAUUCAGUGCGGAUCAGUAUGGGAGUCGGUUUAUUCAACAAAAACUUGAGACAGCCACUACAGAAGAGAAAAACAUGGUUUAUCAAGAAAUUAUGCCUCAAGCGCUUGCUCUAAUGACUGAUGUGUUUGGUAAUUAUGUGAUUCAAAAGUUUUUUGAGCACGGACUUCAAUCUCAGAGAAGGGAAUUGGCCAACAAGCUUUUUGGUCAUGUACUGACACUUAGCCUUCAAAUGUAUGGUUGUCGGGUGAUCCAGAAGGCAAUAGAAGUUGUUGAUCUGGACCAAAAGAUCAAAAUGGUUGAAGAACUUGACGGUCAUGUUAUGCGCUGUGUACGUGAUCAGAAUGGGAACCAUGUCAUCCAGAAGUGUAUUGAAUGUGUUCCUGAAGAUGCUAUUCAUUUUAUUGUCUCAACGUUUUUUGAUCAAGUUGUGACCCUUUCCACCCAUCCAUAUGGUUGCCGUGUGAUACAGAGAGUGCUUGAGCACUGCAAUGAUAUGAAUACACAGACUACAGUUAUGGACGAGAUAUUGGGAGCUGUUAGCAUGUUGGCACAAGAUCAGUAUGGCAAUUAUGUUGUUCAGCAUGUCCUCGAGCAUGGAAAACCUCAUGAGCGUUCUGCUAUCAUAAAAGAAUUAGCUGGGAAGAUAGUCCAAAUGAGUCAACAGAAGUUUGCCUCCAAUGUAGUUGAGAAGUGUUUAACUUUUGGCGGUCCUGCUGAACGUGAAUUACUAGUGAAUGAGAUGCUUGGCACUACCGAUGAAAACGAGCCUCUUCAGGCAAUGAUGAAGGAUCAAUUUGCGAACUAUGUUGUACAAAAAGUGUUGGAGACUUGUGAUGACCAACAACGUGAACUGAUUCUUUCGCGAAUUAAAGUUCAUUUGAAUGCAUUGAAGAAAUACACUUAUGGGAAGCAUAUUGUUGCUCGUGUAGAAAAACUUGUUGCUGCCGGGGAAAGGAGAAUUGCUGCUCAGUCAUCGCACCCUGCUUAGGUGGUGUAGGAAAGAAAGUUGUUUGUACAGCUAACUGAGGCUAGUGUGUGUUUCCCUCUCUUUGUCGUCGUCUUUCUCCCUCGUAUCUAUAUCUAUGACUGGCACUGCCUAUCUUUGAAAGAAGGGUAUGAGGCAGAUUGAAAAUAAAGUUGUUGCUUGUACUGGAAAACUGUACAUUGUGUAGUUUAAAGUUUAUACAUAGAGUCGAGCUAGCUGAGGUUCAGAUGUUGAACACACCUGAUGCCCCUGCAGAGGAGAUAAAUGACUAUACAAGUUUUUUAAGGGUGUAAAAAUGAUUAAUGGUGAGGUAGUUUAUAUGUCGACGUGACUGUACAAAUGUUGCCAUGUGGAGAGCUGUUCAUGAUUAGGCGAGGCCGCAGUUUUUUUAAAUGUAUGGUAAUGACUUUGUUUUUUCUGAGUCACAUAAAGUACAGUUUUCUAUGGAAGUAUAUUGUUCAAGGCUA